ACACACACACACACACACACGUGCAUACACACACACAUCACACCACAUCGGCUGGGAUAAGUGGCUGGACACUUGCAGUGGAGAGUUCACUAAAGCCCUUUACGGACAGAAAAGGGAGAGAGAGGGAGGAGACGAGGGAGGAUAGAGUGAGGGGGUGAAAGAGAGGUGCUAAGACAAGCGCCCUACAUUGACACGGUUCUGAGAAAGAGAUCAGUGUGUGUAUAAAGCAGGAUUGUUAAAGGACUGACACUCUCCCUCACACACACGCACGUACCUGCACACAGGCACAGAGAGAGACAGGCUCAGGACCUAAAUGGAUUUACAAAGAGCGAUCAGGAGAAAUGGACAAUUCUAAGAGUGACACACCGGACAACCUGACAGAGGUGAACAACAACAUGGACACUAAAGAGACAGAGGACUCUGUGAAGGACAGCAUCACAGAGAACCUAACUGAGGAGAACGGGAACACAGGGCAGGCGGAAACAACCAAUGAGAGGAGUGAGGAGGAGGAGUCUCAGGACACUAAAGAGACAGAGGACUCUGUGAAGGACAGCAUCACAGAGAACCUAACUGAGGAGAACGGGAACACAGGGCAGGCGGAAACAACCAAUGAGAAGAGUGAGGAGGAGGUGUCUCAGGUAGCAGUGGCCAAUGAGAAGAAGAGGAGGAGGAGUCUCAGGUAGCAGUGGCCAAUGAUGAAGAGGCAGCCAAGACUGAGGGAGGGGCCUCUGAAAAUGACAGCAAAGAAAAGUGCACAGAGAUGGAGGAGGUGAAGGAAAAGAUUGAGGAAAAGAAGGAUGGGGAGGAGGAGAAAGAGAACGAAGAACAGAAAACAGAUGAUAAAAACAGUAAGUCAGAUGAAAAGGAGGUGGAGAAUGGAGCGAAUGUGAGGAAAGAGGAAAGCAAGGGGAGUAAAACAGACAAGAAGAAAGCCACGGGAGAAAAAGACUCCAAAUCCAAAAAAGAGACGAAGCCUGCGGAGAAGCAGAAAGGGAAAGAAGACAAGAAACCGUUGGGUAAGUCAAAGAAUGAACCAAAACCGGUGAAAGAGAGGGAGGGGGUGGGGAAAGAGAAAGGAAAAGCCAAUGAAACAGAGAAGAAGAGGCCCACGCCCACCGCCCCUGUGUCAACGCCCCGCCCCAGAGCGUCAGCGCGCCCGUCUGCACGAAGAGAUGCCAUGGCCAAGUUCGAACAGGGCCAACCUCCUGCUCAGCGAAACUUCAAGGUGCAGCGGGUGGCAGUAGGCGUGUCCAAUGGAGGGUCAAUCAAACAGAAAAUCCUCCAAUGGUGUCGCAGCAAAGCCCAACACUAUGAGGGUGUGAAGAUUGAGAACUUCUCCUCAUCUUGGUGUGAUGGUCUGGCGUUCUGCGCUCUCAUCCAUCGGUUCUUCCCUGACGCGUUCGACUUCUCCUCCCACGCCAAUGAGAGAGAGAAGAACUUCACACUGGCGUUCAGCAAAGCAGAGUCGCUUGCAGACUGCUGCCCCCUGCUGGAUGUGUCUGAUAUGAUGCUGAUGGGGAACCACCCAGACGCCAUGUGUGUGUUUACCUACGUCCAGUCACUAUGCCACCAUCUCUCCAAGAUAGAGAAAAAGAGAAAAGAGGAGGAGGAGGAGGAGGAGAAGAAACAAAAGGAGGGAGCUGAGGAGAAGUCAUGUGAUGUGAAGAAUGAGGGAGAAGCCGAGGAAAAGAGAGAGGAAGGUGCGGAGGAGGAGGAGAAAGAGGUUGUACAAGAGAAUGUUGAUGGACUGAACAAUAACCAUGGAAACGUGGAGAUAGAGAAUAAGGCUUAAGUUGCUCAGGGAUAAAUACAAUGAUGAUUAAAGAGAGAGAGAGAGAAAGGUUGGAAAGAAAGAGAGGGGGAGUGGGAGAGGAAAGUAAGAUAAAAAGUGAAUGGAAACAUUAAGUCUUACUAUUAGUCCCUCACUGUGCAUUCACUGUGCUGUCUGAAUUAACAGUUUACUCUUAACUAAUCACUUAAAGUAGCUGUUGUUUGUAUGUUUGUAAAAUUACCUUUUUACUAUCAUGUCAUCUAUUUAUAUAUCAGUGUGAUGUGAAAAUUAAAGCAAAAUGUUUAACAAAUGAAGCAUUGAUUUAUGUAUUUUUUUAGGACAAAAUUUAUAUUCACAAGAGCAAUUGAUAUAUUACACAUCUCAGCCUAACAAGACAAACUCCACUGUAUUGAAGGACAGGCCUGUGGCAUUGUGGCCCACACACACACACACACACACUUUACAUAACUGAUAUAAGAUGAUGGAUGAAUUGCAUUAAAAGGAAAGGAAUAUCUCACCACUAACUAACUUAAUUUUCCAAAGACGUGUGGUGCUCUCAGUCUGAAAAAUGAGCUGAAAUUGCAUUCACACCAAUGUGCGGGACAAUGGAGAGGAGUUUAUUUCAGUGAGACCCUCCGCUCAACCCACCCACUUCACACGUCUGGAAAGAAGCAUGAGGAAGGAUGGAAUGAGCUGCAGUGGUUACAUAAAUUUAUGAGAGGGCACCUUUGCGACCUCAGUCAGCCAAGGGCCUCUAUAAUUUAUGAGGUGCAAUUUGUCACCACCUAGUUGUCAGGGACAGAAUGCAUUUUGUAUUACGUAACGAAACCUAGUAACUCUGUAAUGCAUACUGUUCACAAAAAUGCAAAUGUCCUCUGCGUGCACUUAUGCUUUCAUGCCGGAGAGUCGUUACAGAGUCUAUUGUUUUGCUAGAUUAUUAUAGAUUCAAAAAUAUAGGGAAUGGAGGGACCUUAGACCAACCCUGUUUCAGACUCAGAAGGUCACCAUGCAUUUUGUGUCACGAAAUUGCACAGUGAUAAUUCUGUGCACAAAAGCAAAAGUUGUGUUGUGAUGUGCUGGACCAGGAAGCCAACUUUGUCCACUGAAAAUGUGUUGAAUUGAUGGAGGGAUGGACACUUUCAGCUCCUUGUAAUGACACAAUAAACACAAAAAUGCACCAAAUAGCCUACAUUCUGUCUAUGAACAUUAGAGGGUUUAUUUGGGACUACAGUUGCGUAGAACGCUGCUCUGGGUCAGACAACCAAAAUAAUCACAAGAUUACACCACCAGACACGCAGAUGUGUGUGUGAUCGGCUCGAAGGUGAAGAGAGGGGGGGAAAGCAUCCCAACUUCAGAGAGCUCUCUCCACUUUGUUCUUCCUGCCAAAAGGUCUGGAGGAUAUGGGUAGUUCACACCUUGUGUCCACAAAACCCGGAUUAGCAACAUGUGGUGCCCCAGGGGGACACACCUCAAGUGCCCUCUUCGCACAACCACUAGGCAUAGCCUACAACAACUAUAAAGUGAGCCCAUGUAUGAAAAGUAAGCUACUACGGCAUGAGCUAAUUGUGGGAAAUAUGAACUAGGCUGUAGGCUUAAACUUAAACUUUUAGAAAACGGGCAAAAUAAAUAUCAUAGAGACAAUCUGGUUUUCAGUUACUAGUUUUAGUGUGGUAAUGCUAAAAGUUUACCAACUGUAGCCUACAGGUCUCCUACUAAGAUUUAUAUAGUAGCGGAGAAGCCCUUCUACACUGCCCAUGCAAAUCUAACCUUAGAUUCGUGGGUGGCCCUUUUAUGUCUUGAAAUGUCGAUCUGUUAUGAGGGGCUUUUGACUGGGGGGAGGGUGAGGGAAUGACCAGGGAAUUAGAUAGGUCAGUCAAUGCAGUAACAGUCACAAUGGGUGGGGUCUCGGGUGUGAAUGAGGCGUUUGUUUAGUUCAAAGCUGAGAAGAGUAAAUUCAGAGUGAUAAGCCGAUGUGUUGAACUUUAAGCCGGUGUAUUUAUGUAACUUAUUUAUUUGUUGUCAAGUCAAAGAAGUUAUUCAGAGGUGUAUUGUUUUCAUGAGAAAAACACCUCCUACUGCCCGUUCCUAGUAAUUCAAUAUUAAACCUCGAAACAUCUAACUCUGGCCAUCCUUCGGAAAAGUUGAACGACGCUACACUGGUGUCGAGCGGGAUAGAGGAAAAACUCCGCCUAGAUGGCAUAUCGAGGGGAACAGUAUGCCGCAAACCAAUCGAUUUAGUGAAGAAUGGAACUCAACCGUCCAGCUCCACCCACGGGCACAAUCUGCUGGAUUUCCAGAAGAUUCCUGACCUAACAGUGUUCUGGAACACGUGACUCCAAGGAAGCAGACGGCUCCGGGCAUUUGUGGAUUACAUGGGGACAUACACACAAGCUUGGCCAAAACAUGCAGCCCCCACAGAGCCAGCAUCCAAACGUUCUCAUUUCACUGGUUGGCAUAACGAACCAGGACAUAGCAAGCAAAGCACAUUCCCUGACAAACGGCCCGAAGCUGUGCUGCUCCAAAUGCCGCUUUUCCACCAAGGACCACGACCUCUUUGAGCGACACUUGGCUCAGCACGCAGGGGUGACUUUCACCUGCAACGUGUGCGGCCACAUCUCGUACACUAAAGUAGAAUACCAGCGGCACGCCGUGCAGCACUCCGGAAAGUACCCCUUCAGGUGUGAGUUUUGUAGCUAUGGCGCAGUGAGAAGAGACUAUGUUGUAAAGCACGUCCAUCGAGUACAUGCCAAGAUGAAGAGGAGCAUGGGCCCCUUUCAGGACGGGCAGCAGAGUGUCCUCAUAAUGGGAGAUGUAUCUGUAGCAUCUGUCCCUAAAGUAGGACUGCCAACUCUCAUAGAUGUCUCUGAGCAGACGCCUCAGGCAUCUAGUCAGCCUUUUAAUAGUGUGCCAAAUUGGAUUCCUUAUACUGUGAGUCAGCCACAAGGAAACAGCACAAGCCAGUUGGGCAGUGUGUUGAGUAAGCAAGUUGGUAUUACACAGAACAGAUUGCCCAACUCACAGGGUCAGUAUGUUAGUGCUGCUUCCAGUAGAGAUUCUCUGUCCACAAAUGCCAAUGCUGCUGGGCUGCCAAGCCAGUUACUCAGUAUUACACCAAUUAGGAUUCCUAAUGCAGCAAAUCACUCUAGUGUCAGUGUAAACAACCAAAAUCUUCCAGCUCGAAGUCAACCAACAUAUGGUCCAGGCAAAGUUGUCACAAGCAUGAACCAGUCCACAAGUGUUGCUCCAAAUGGAAAUAGUGUUAUUCCCAGUCAGGCCAUACACUUGGCUACACCAGUUCGCCGAACACCUCCAAUAAUCCUACGGAAAACUCAUCAGAGAUCAACAGGCCUGGCUCCCAAUGUGACAAACAAAAAUCUUCCAGCAGGAAGUCCACCAAUAUCCGGUGCAGACAGAGUCCUCACAAACUUUGCUCAAAGUGUUGCUCAAAAUGCGAUUAGUGUUAUCCCCAGUCAUGCUAUACACUUGGCUACGUCUAAUACCUCAAACGCAUUGAAUUGCUCAGUUUACCGAACACCACCAAACACCCUACAGAAUACCCAACAGGGUUCAACAGGAAUGGCUUCAAAACCAAUAUAUGUGUCCAGUACCAGUUUUGUAAAUCAGGCUUCUUUUGGGUCAUCAAACAGAAUUUCUGGUACUGGCAGUCAGGCCAUUUUGGGUACUUCAAACCUAACACCCAGUUCAGCCAAUCGGACUGUCAGACCAACUCAAUGCCCAGUUUCUAAUAGGGAAAUAAAUCAAGGGAAAAUGAUCAAUCUGGCUUCAAACAGGCCCCUGGCUUCUGUAAUUGGUUCACUUGGUAGUCUAACAAACAGAAUUGCCAGCACAAUGGGUCAGUCACUAAGUCCCCAAAAAAGAAAUAUGGAAGUUCAGAUGGGGAGUAAAACUACAGUGACUUCCCCGCAAUCCAGAGUUUCCUUAGACCUUCAGGGAAGAGGUCUCUCUGAUGUAAAUAGUAGGCCGGGGUCGUUAUCCCCAGUGCAAGUUGAGCUGUUGGAACCACUGAACCAACCCAUUCACCACAACCGAACUCUGACCGUUUCCUACCCAGAGGAGAUCAGCAUCCCCCCUGGUAGCCUGGUGGAGCUGGUCAAAGUGAAGGCUGUUAACGGUGCCCAGGAGUUGCAGUUGAGGAUCGUGCCCCAGCAGUCUGUGGGGUGUUCAGAUAAGAACGCUUCAAAAGCCCCUGCUGCCGGCACAGCCUUCAAAGUGGGCCCGCCCACUGUGGGCCCAGUUGGGUCUGCGGACAAAAGACUGAGUAAUAUGGAGACUUGUUCAAAGACAGACUCAUGUCAGGCUCCUUGUACUUUAACUAGUUUACUUAAAAAAUCAUACGUUGCCGCCACCAGUUUGAACACACACAAUGAAAUGGGGGUUACGGUAAAAGAAGAACCAUUCGAACACGACGACCAUUUUUUUAAACCUUCUCCACAACAGUUAAAUAAAGGAUACCUGUCAGCAACUAACCCAAUAAGCAAAGCUUCAUGUCUCCCAACUGCUGAACUCACACGGAGAAGGAAGGAACAGUCUUGCUCUUCACAUUCUUUGCCUGCUCUUCUUCAUCAGAACAGGCUGCCUGUCACUAGCAAUAAACAACAAAAAACUGGUGGUUAUGUCAAAGAAUCCAAGACUUCUGAAACGCAGUUGGUGAAGGAUGGUGACUGUAAUGGUGCCUUGGAAACUGAGGGCUUGCCUGUAAUCUUAUCUGUUUAUUCACUGGGAUACAGUCCAGAGAGUGACCAGCUUCCGUCGCUAGUUGAGAGAAGGCCGUCACAUGGUACCAGUGCAAACAACCAACAUCCGUGCGUGUCUGCUGAGGAUUGUGUCGAUAACCUCUUUGUUUCACGUCAGUCCUCAGUAGAGGAAACAUUAAGCCAAUAUUUGCAGCAAGAAAGGGAUUAUGGAAUUCCACCUGCCACAACGAGUUCGGCAGAAGACGCCGGGAAUGAAAGAAUCAGACAAGCUCAGUUAUCUAGACUGUAUAGAGUUGAGAGACAUGCCUGUGAACCAGUUACCCAGGCAUUGGUCAACAGUAGUCAAACUGAUGCUGUCAGUGGGUCCACAGACUGUCACUCAAAUACCACUGGACACAAACCAGUAGAGGUGCACCCACCACUACUACAGACACAAACAUUCUCAGUUCCACCUGACACUGAGGCCAAAGAAAGAACAAUAUGUGGUUUACAGAUCAGUGGUUUUAGACAGAAGUCAUAUGAGCAGCUAUUCACACUGGUUCCAAAAGUGUCUUUAGUAAGGAUUUCAAGUAAGCAUCUCCAGCCAGCAGUACCUCAGAGAAAUUCAGAAAAGAGCACAGAGGACAUCAUUUUUACCGCAAGACCAGUCCUGUCCUGUGCCUCCAACAAGCAGAACAUCUCUGUCCACCAGCAGCACUGCCACGGAGUUCUCAAGCUUCGCCUGAAAAGGAAAAGGUGCGAGGCCGAGAACGACUCGGCUGAUAUAUUUGAAGCGUUUGCUUCACCGCUGACUCCGUUGGCAAACUUUGAGCCGUUUGGUUUUCCUGAAGAGAGGCGAAAAAAAGACAGGGGGUCGGGUAAACGCAGGAAGAUCCGUGGCAUUGUGGUCUCGCAUAGACUUUAUCUGACUCCUGUAAAAGAGGACCAGCCCGUAAAAUGCCCUGGUCCCAACCAGCCCGUGGUCGUCCUCAACCAUCCGCAUCCGCAGGUUCUGGGGCUGGGGAAAGGUCCACGGUCACCAGCAGGCGUCAGGGGGAUCGCCCCACUGCGCAUCAUCCUGACCAGAGACACUCACAAAAUCGUACCAGAAAUUGUGAGGUCGCCAUCGUUAAAAAUGAAGUUUAAGAAAGUCCACGGUAACCAGUACCAAGUCACUGAGCUGGUCGCUGAAGGGAUUUCAGACAAGCUGGUUCUAUGAGUCUUACCACUUUGACCUGCAUUGCUGUGAGUUCAGACAGAAGACCCAGUGAAAUACAGCCAGCUGUACAUAUCUGUAAAUAUUCCUCUGUACUGUAUGGAAAUAGGAAACUCUUUUGAGGUCUUGAUAAAACAAAUGGCAGACAUUUUUAAAUCAUUUUAUUUCAGCUAAAUAAUUCAUUUUUCUACUGGUGACUGUGAUAACUCUGACGUGUGACCUGUCUCUGGAUGGUAUGUUCACUGUUACCCCUUGGUUUCACAUUUUGAGACCCAGAACUUGAACCAGAUAAUCAAUGUAACAGUCCCAACUCUGCCCAGUCUGAAUAGAUCUGGAGUACAGAACAAAGUCUUAAUGUUACUUGAAUUAAAUGUCCUUUGUUGUACUUUUGUUUCCUGACUCCCAGUUUUGAGUCUGGAUAGUGGCUUCAGCUGUGGAUGUCUCUGAGUCCUGAGGUCACUGUCCUGUCCUCUCCUGUCCUGUCCUGUCCUCCUGUCCUGUCCUGUCCCUCACCUCUGUUUGACUCAUUAGUGGUUAGUAUGACUAUCAGAGGAAGGGACAAAAAAAGUUUAUUUUGCUGCUUGUUAUACUAACUAUGAGUAGAAUGGUGUAAUUUUAAGCGUUAUCGAUCAUGAAAAGAAAUGUACGAGUGUUACAGGAGCAGUUACAGUGUUACAGGAUCAGUUGCUUUUAAAUUUGACAGUACCUAGCUAAGAUCAUGACUUGAAACUUUCUGUGUCACCGUGAAAUUCCACAGUGUAUUCAAUAAAUACAUUUUAUUUAA